CUCGUUGUCGUUGUCGAUGUCGAUGUUGUUAUCGUAGUCGUAGCCGUAGUCGUUGCCGUUGUCGUUGUCGAACUCGGUUUUUGGAGCUGGAGUCGCGUGCUCAAAUACUCAUAUACAACAUUUUUUUUCUUGUGCAUCGAAAGUUUAACACCAGAAAUAUAGAGAGAGAAAUAUAAAUAAAGCACACACAAAAAACAAAAAAGCGAAAACCAACAAACGAAAUUGUGAAAAUUGUUUGGAGACGUGCCCAGGCAGCAAGGAGAGGCCGUAUCGGAGCGCCAAAGUUUUGAAAAUAGCUCUAAAAUGAGCAGUUUAAUGCGAAUGAGAGCUGUGCACACACAGCCUCUGCUGCAUCUGCUGCUGCUGCUGCUCCAGUUGUCGAUGCUGAUGAGCAGGAUUGAAGCGUUGCCCACAAUAAAACAGCAGCAGGGACAACAUGGUCGCACCAACUUUGUGCAGCAGCUGGAAAAGAGCUUCUUUCAGCCGCGUGAAAUCGAACAGACCAUUGACGAAGUGCAGAAAAUAUUGGCCAAUGAUCCGGCACUGCCCAGGCUGACACGCGGCGAGAUCGAAGAGCUAUACGAGAAGGUCACGCGGGAGGAGUACGAGAAGAGCAUAGAGGCGGGCGACAUGAGCCGGGCGGACAGUAUGCGGGCCCUGAUGUUGGUCCUGCCUUACAAUACAGACAACAACACCGAAGAGAAUCUGCAGGAGCUGUAUACGCGUCCGCCGGUGACGCGCGUUAUCGAUGCCUAUACGCCACCAAAUCCCAUCAAGUUUCUGACACCCGAUCCGAGUGCUGUGCCGCGCAGCACCAUACCCGGCGGCAAUCCUGAUGUGGCCGCCACUACCUAUAAGCCCGCCUAUGGCAGCAACCUGCAAAAGCAGCUAUUCCCGGCACCCACUGCCACAACAUAUCAUCCGCCGGCACCGGCGCCCGUCAUGUAUCAGCUGACACCAUCGCUGGACAGCAAGCCCAGCAUGGAGUUCCAACCAGUCACCAAGAAAACAUACGACUAUGCCCAGUCCCAGGCAGCGAUCCGUCCGGUGGCGGCACCGUUUUCCGCUCAGCGCUUCAGCUCGCAUUACAGCGCGAAAAAUGCGCAGUUUCUCCGCAAGCCGAAGCCGUCGGUGGUCGCCCAGACAAUCAGCAGCAGCACGGUGAAACCAGUGGCAGACAUACUGGAGAGUCUGGGCAUUGUGGGUGGCGGCGGUGGUGGUGGACAGUCUACACAUAAGCGCUAUGCCAUCGAUGAUUACUACCCGGCAGAGAGUGCACCACAGCCGGUUAUCGCUGUCGCGGAUUUACGUGGCCUACAGGGGGCCCGCAUUCGUCCAGAUGCCUAUUCCAAUUUCAAGCCCCUCAACAUUGGCGAGGAGCUGCGCGUCAAGCCCGAGGUAGAGGGUUAUCUCACCCGCUUUGGCAUUGUGCGUAAAUCGUCCAAAGCGCUGAGCAAAUCUCAAGCGUCUGCUGCCGCUGCUGACGGCCGACCCACCGAGGAGCCAACCGGCGCCCACACUCAGCUGUCGACGGCAACCGCCAAGCUGCCUGCACCACAGAGCAAUUCGGAGCUGGCCAAGCUGCUCGAAAAUCUGCAAGAGCUGGAGCGUUUGCAAGCGAAAGCAGCACGCACUGCUAGCACCACCAGGAGCACAACUACUACAACAAGUACGACAACCACAACCACAACAGCAGCACCAUCCACAACUUUACCCACGGCUCAACUGAUUACCCAUGGCGCACCAUUACUGAUUGAGCCAAAGAAGCCGCGUCGUCGCAUCGAUCCCAAUAUUGAUAUUAAUUUUGCGAAUGCCGGGAACCAGCAGAGACCAGCCAGCUCCACUGAUGAGCUGUCCAAGCUGCUGCAGAAUCUGCAGGAGUUGGAGAAGCUCAAGAUCAAUCCGGAAAAUGUGCUGAAGGCAACCAGUCCUGGCACCCAAGCGCUCAGCAAUCGCUUUAGUGUGAGCAGUACCACCACCACACCGAUGCCAAUAACAACAACAACCACAACAACAACUCGCAGACCAGCCAGCAACGAUGCGCGCGAACUGCAGUUGAUAUUGCGGCAACUACAGCAGCUGGAGCAGACGAAUGCGGUGCAGAAGGCGGCCAGCAGCACCACAGUGCGGCCAAAGCCAAAGCCGACGCCGUCGCCUGCUUUAGGAUUUGGCCUGGGCCUGGAGCCUGGUGCUUUGGGCGCUGCAGAUCUGUUGCAGCUGCAGCGAUUACUCAGCGAUGAUAGCCAGCUGGAGCAGCUUUACGAGCAGGCGCGCAACAGAAAAAAGGCAGCGAAGAGCAGCACCACUAGUACCACUAGUACCACUAGUACCACCAGCACCACCAGCACUACAACAACAACACCGCGACCCACAAAAGCUGCUGCUGCCGUCGAUCAUGCCCAAUUUGAGGCAUUGAUAACACGUGUACAGCAGUUGGAGCAACUGCAGCAGCCGCAACCGACGACUCCGGGCUUCAUUACACGCAAUGUGGCUGCAGGUGUCAGCGAACAGGUGAGGAGCCAAGGUCUGCCCAGCAAUGACUAUGCUCAGCUGCAGAAUUUAGCACCGGUCGCUUUCGAUCGGGGCACCGUGGAGAUCUCAACGGCAGCCUCGACAUCCAAGCAGCGCCAGCGUCCAUUGAAUAGUUUUGAGCGCAGCAAUGGAUUGCUGCAGGAUGUGCAGCCCCAAGAUUAUGUCCAGCUGCAGAAGCUGCUCAGCAAGGUGCAGGAGCUGGAGCGAGUCCAGUUGCAGGAGGCGCGUCCGACUACAGCACAACAGCUGGUCACUGCCGCAUCCGUACGCAGCCAGAAAGUGAAAAGUUUGAGUGGUACACAGAUUGUGUAUGCCCAGCCAGCAUCUGCUGCUGAUGCUGCUGAGUUGGAGCUGAGCCUCCAGCAGCGGCAGGAGGAGCAACUGAAACUGGACCUGCCUGUCUAUAAGCAACCGAUGGUGGCAAAGCCCGCCAAGCCGGAUAUCAGUUCUAGUGAGGAGCUGCGCGAAUUUGCCAUGUCACAGCCGGCGCAUCCACAACGUAGUCAGCAUCCAGCUGGUGGGGUUGAUCAGGACUUUGAGCAUUAUCAGCAGUUCUUCAGCAGUCUGGAGGACAAUGGCGAGCGUCAAAGCUAUCAGCAUAUGCAGCCCAUCUAUAAGACGGUGACAACUGCACCACUACCGGCAGCAUCAACCACGCCAGCCACGCCUAAGCAAAGUGACUUGGCGGAGCUACAAAAAUUGCUCUACAAUACGCAACAGUUACAGAAACUGGGCGUGGCGCUGCCCAAUGAGCUAUCCCAGCAGUUGGAGAGUCAAUUCCAAGCUCAACCAACAAGCAGUUCCACAACAAGCACCACCACUAGCACCACCACUACAACAACAAGUGCGCCAGCAACAGCAUCAGCGUCGCCAUCUCCCACUCACGACUCAUCCUCGCCAGCGGUGUUUUCGCUGACAACCAGCAGGCCAGCAGUGCCACGUAUCCAACCCACCACAGAGAAUAGUGUGGAGCUGCCCAUUUUCAGUGCCACCAAGAUCAUUGAGGCGGCUAUUAAGCGGGCGGCCAAUCGUAUUGGUGUCUCCACCGAGCAGCCUUUCAAUUCAAUGGGUUUGGGCUUCAGACGCCGCAGUGAUGAUGAUAUGGAUCUGGCCAUCGAUAAUGGACAAGACGGUGUUCUUGAUGGGGAUUUGAUGGCCGAAUUUAGUGAGCUCAACUAUCAGCUGGCCAAGCCCGAAUCGGAGCCAAGGUCGACCCAUGAGGAGCCGGAGCUGAAUAACGACCUCAGUGAGAUCCAACGACUAAUUAGCAAUCUUCAGCAACUGCAACAGCUCAAUGUGAGUCUCAAAACGCAAUCGCAGGCGGAUGCCAGCUAUUUGCAAUCGCUGCCACCGGGCAUUGACACGACAAAGCCACGCAGACAGAGUGUGAAUGUGGAAAACAGCAACAGCACCACCACCACCACAAGUACAGCUGCUCCGACCCUGGAUGAAGAGGCAAUCACAACUCAAUCACCCACUCGUAUUAGCCUCGAUCUGGGCUUGAGUGAUGCAGACAUAGAAGCGGAGAGCAGUAUUGGCAAGGGCAGCACCACAACAGAGGGUAGUACCUCCUCCACGUCAACGACAACGGAGGAGUCGCGUAACGGCUCGCUGGAUGAUCUGGCAGAUUCGUUUGGACCCAACCCCAUUACGCAAGAGCCACUGCCACCCAAAAAGAAGAAUGGCUUCUAUUUUCUGGCCGAUUGGAACUCGUUCCUCGAGGUGGGCGAUGGCGAUGAUCAGGUGGUGGUGCGUCUAAGUCCCAAAAUUGGCGAUCCUCGUGAUUUCUUGGCCGUGUAAGCCUAUACCCAACCUAACCCGCAGCUUGACCCGCAGCGUCACCCCUCCCCGGUCCGCUUUUCCUAUUUCCCAACCCAGCUCCAAUUAGACAAUCAGCUGGCAAUGUAUAUAGUUCUUUAUUAGCUACCUACUAUAUCCUUAUUGUAUGCGUAUGUGUUGUAUUUAUUUUAGUCACUGGUUUUUUUCCCCUCUGCAGCCCAGGAGCUCGGUCACCUCGGUGAACGGGUUGUAGUCAUAAGUUGGGGCCUAAGCCUAAGUUCUAAGAGUCAAUAACAAAAACCAAUAAA